AUGACUUCCUCCAGACCUUCACCACAAGUUCAGAUCUAUCCUGGCAAGGGGCUGGGCUUUAUAAGCAUGUUGACCCUUGGAGCCUCCCUCCACAAUGUGCUUACCCGCGUCAAAUCCCAUCCCCAGACGUACCCCGCAAUAGAUAUCGCAUAUUCGUCCUCGGAGCCUCUUCGCAAACCAGUCACUUUACAACUUCCAUCCAGCGGUCUCCGUCUGCGGUUUGACGGACCGGACCAGAGGCUGCGGUUGAUAGAAGUGCUGGACUUCUCCAAGAUCACCCUUGUUUACAAGAACCAGGAGGUGCUGAAAGGCAUCAAACCACAAGAGCAGCCUGUCACACAGCAAGGGCCCAACUUCCGACAUAUUUAUAAUCGCUUGUUUGGUCCUUCUUACCCCGGAGAGUAUAUACCACCGGAGAACCCCCAGUCACCGUAUGGUACCUACGUUUUAUCGUAUCCCGGUGUCGCUUUCUCUUUUCCGCUUCAGAACUCAGCAUGGUCGGAUCAGUGUGAUUUUGUAGCAUUGCUUUCUUCAUCAGCCGCCCUACCCGCGACUUCGAUGUCCAUUUUCCAAGGGUCAUCAUGGCCGGAAGCUCGAAACAAACUCUUUACCCAGCAGCCACAAUACCCCCGUUCCCCAGCGUUGGUGGGUAAAAGCAGGGACUUCGUACCCGAUGAGAUUGAGGAAUUCCUGAUCUUCGGAGCUGGCAAGAUUGAAGCAAUCCGGCGAUCAACGCCACCUGCUCAGAUCACGUUGUCGGAAACGACUCCGCAGGAUCUGAUCGCAGAGUUCGGGCCCCCCGAUGCGAUAUACCGUAAGAACGAUCGAAGGAUAGCUAUCCACCGGGCGGCAGGCCGUAGCGCUGGAGAGGAUCCUCUUCAUAUGGGUCCAUCUGCUGGCCGCGGAAUCGAUGUCACAGACCUUGAUCACUCGUCCAACAACAGCGUGACUGAUGACUCAGAUGACGAGAAUUUCCAGGCCCACGCAUUGGAUCCUUCCUCUCUACCGGCCGAAUGCUUCUUUAAUUACUUUCAUCAUGGUUUUGAUGCCUUUAUCUCGUAUCCGACAGUAUCUGGUCCUGCCUUUCCCGGAUCUGACCUUUCAGAUCCCACCCCGCCGUCGCCUUCGUCCCAGCUGGUCGUGACCAAGAUCAUCUUGCAUGGGAAUGUACCAGGCUCGUAUCCUUUCAACCGGCAUCGCCGCAGUCGGUGGAAGAUCAUCCACAGCCCGGCCAGCGAUACGCUCACGUCCGAAACUCGGUACGAAGAAGUCUCGGAGCGGCUUCGAUCAGUCUGGAAGGGAGCCUACGCCGACGCCGCCGAGGAGCGUGCCCUGCAACGGCCCAUGAUCUUGAACAGGGGCUGGGGUGACAGUCCUGAAAGCAGUGUCGAGUUUCUGGGCGGAUGGGAAGAAAGCACCGGGAAAGGACAGAGAACGGGGCAGGAUGGCCAUGAUGGAGGUUUGGGGAACACGGAAUUGUUUGGUUUUCCAGGCCUCCUGUUUGAGGUCAUGAAGAAUGGCGCCGUGAGCUCGACUAUGGCGACGUUCAAAGGAGCCCUUAUGGCGGAACUGCCACGGACGCUCGCUCGGUCCUGGUCGUCGACGCUCAAGCUCCCCAAGUCGACGUUCCCCGCACGCGUGACGCCGGCCGAUCAGACGAAAUACCUCCGGCGAUGCACCGACGACCUGUACGCCUGGCAACAGCGUGAGCGACCGACCGACCGGCCCUUUGUCCUCCACGAUGGGCCGCCGUACGCGAAUGGCGAGCUCCACGUCGGUCAUGCGCUGAACAAGAUCACCAAAGACAUCAUCUGCCGCGUCCAACUGGGGCAGGGGCGGCAGGUGCGCUACGUGCCGGGAUGGGACUGUCACGGGCUGCCCAUCGAGCUGAAGGCGCUCGAGGCGCAGAAGGAGCUCCAGAAGGAGGACGGCACGGUCAGCGCGGCGGUGAUCCGCAAGGCGGCCCGCAAGCUGGCGGACAAGACGGUCAAGGCGCAGAUGAAGGGCUUCCGCAGCUUUGCGGUCAUGGCCGACUGGGACCACCACUGGAAGACGAUGGACAAGGCCUUCGAGAAGCGCCAGCUGGGCGUGUUUCGCGAGAUGGUCGAAAGGGGCCUCAUCUAUCGCCGCUUCAAGCCGGUCUACUGGUCGCCGUCUACGGGCACCGCCCUGGCGGAAGCGGAAUUGGAAUACAAGGAAGACCAUAUGUCGACCGCCGCGCUGGUCCGGUUCCCGCUCGCGCAGAUCCCGGAGCAUCUCGCCCAGGACCCGUUGCUGCAGGGUAAGGAGAUCAGCGCCGUGAUCUGGACGACCACGCCCUGGACGCUGCCUGCCAACGCCGCUAUUGCCGUCCACGAGUCGCUGGAGUACACGAUUGUCGAGUCGGAAACGCACGGUCACCUGCUCAUCGCCCAAUCGCGCCUGGAAUACUUGGAAAGCCAGCUGAAGGAGGAUCUGUCGGUCAUCGUGCCGGCCAUCCUCGGUUCUCAGCUGGCGGGUCAGACUACGUAUCGCCCUUUGUUCAAGGGAUCCGCUGCGGAGCCGCAACCCAUUAUCGCGGCGGACUUCGUCACCGCGGACUCGGGAUCUGGUCUUGUGCAUUGCGCCCCCGGUCAUGGUAUGGAGGAUUACGAAGCUUGUCUGUCUCUUGGGAUUCCCGCUUUCGCGCCUGUGAACGACCAUGGCAGAUUCACCGACAAGGCCAUGCCCAGUGAUCCGGCACGGCUCAGCGGGAAAAGUGUCCUGGACGACGGCAACGCGGCGGUUUUGGAGUAUGUCGAGUCUCAGGGCCAGCUUCUCACUCAGCAUAAGUACGAGCACAAGUAUCCUUACGACUGGAGGUCCAAGCGCCCGAUCAUCAUCCGCGCUACGGAGCAGUGGUUUGCCGACGUCGCCGAUAUUCGCGGUCAUGCUUUGGAAGCGCUGAACGACGUCAACUUUGUUCCGAUCUCGGGCCGGCAACGCCUAGAGAACUUUGUCAAGAACCGCAGCGAAUGGUGUAUCUCUCGUCAACGCGCCUGGGGCGUUCCCAUCCCGGCUCUCUAUCACCGGGGCACUGGGGAUGCCGUGCUCACGAAGGAUAGCGUGAGCCACAUCAUGGGCGUGAUUGAGGAGCGUGGAAUCGACGCAUGGUGGACCGACGAAGCGAACGAUGACGCGUGGGUCCCUCCGUCGCUUCGAGACGCAUCCGGGCCUGGGUACCGACGAGGAACCGACACGAUGGAUGUGUGGUUCGACAGUGGCACCAGCUGGGCCGAAGUGGACGUCCCUUACCGCGAGGAUGGCCGUCCGGCCGACGUCUACUUCGAAGGUACCGACCAGCACCGCGGAUGGUUCCAGUCCGGGCUUCUCACCUUCAUCGCCCACCAGCUUGCUUCCGGACAGACUGCUUCGCCGCGGGCGCCGUUCAAACACCUCAUCACCCACGGCUUCACUCUGGAUGAAGAGGGCCGCAAGAUGAGCAAGUCCAUUGGCAAUGUGAUGCUGCCGCAUCAGAUCAUGGACGGAACGCUGUUGCCACCCUUGAAGCCGCGUAAAGGCAAGGGGAAGAAGCAGGCUGAAAACCAGGCUCCGGUCUAUGACGCGCUUGGGCCAGAUGCUCUCCGCAUGUGGGUGGCCAGCAGUGACUACACGCGCGAUGUGGUGAUUGGGAAGCAGGUGCUCCAGACCGUGAACACCAGUCUGCACAAGUACCGCGUGACCUUCAAGCUGUUGCUGGGUGCUCUGUCCGAUUUCCGGCCCCAGGACCGUGUCUCGUACGGUAACCUGCAACAGGUCGACCGGAUCGCACUGAAGCACCUGUCCGAGAUGGUUCUGGCCUGCCAGAAGGCUUGCCAAAAUUUCGAGUUCUACAAGGCGGUGAACGCGAUCAAUCGCUGGGCCAACCAGGAGUUCUCGGCGUUCUACAUGGAGGCCAUUAAGGACCGUCUCUACACCUACGGCGAAAACAGCGCGAGCCGGCGUGCUGCGCAGACGACGCUGUUCCACAUCUACCAGCAUCUCCAGGAAGUUUUGGGACCGAUCACCCCCAUGCUUGUGGAGGAGACGUGGGAACACACCCCCGCGGCGAUCAAGGAACACUGCGAGCAUCCUCUGCAGCGCGUUGUCUCAGUCCCGGCUGCGGAAUGGCAGAACGAGGGGCUCGAAUCCGACUACCAGGAGCUCGUGGCCGUCAACUCGGUGGUCAAGACGGUGCAGGAGAAGGCCCGCGGCCAGAAGCAGAUGGGUUCGUCGCUCCAGUCGUUCGUCCACAUCGUGCUGCCGGAGCACACGACGCCCGAAUCGGUGUUUUACCGGGAUGCGUCGGAACUGGCCGACGUCUUCGUGGUGUCGUCCGUCAGCCUCGGGGCUCACGGCGAGCCGAUGCCGGAGUCGGUGGCGCAGGCGGAGUGGCAAUACAGCGAGGAAUAUGAGCUCCCCAGCGGAGCCAAGGGAACGGUAUAUGUGUACAGUCCGCAGGCAGGGAAAUGUCCUCGGUGCUGGCGGUAUGUGGUUGCGGAGAGCGAGGCGGCGGAAGAGACGGUGUGCGAUCGCUGCGAGGGAGUGGUGCAAGAGCUGGAUGCAGCUGCAGCUGGAGCUGGUGCAGCUGGCAGUGUGUGAGUGGC